CAUUAUCAUGUUGGCCUGUGACGGCCGCUUUCUUCACUCGACACUGGAUUCAUUCGUCGUUGCUCUCAUCGUGAAAUGGCACUCGCUCAAGUCUUGAAGUCGAAUAGCAGCUGGGCACCCCGUGCGAAACGCCCCGUCGCCCUCUUCCUCGGCGGCACGUCGGGGAUCGGGCAAGCCAUGGCGCGUCGCCUCGCCGACUACACCGCGAACAGCCUCGGCGGCGGCUCUGCGCACAUCAUCAUUCUCGGACGGAACCGCGCGGCCGCCGAGCGCACCACGUCGUCCUUCCCGCGCGAGCCAGAGGGGCGAUACACGAGCCACGAGUUCAUCGAGUGCGAUGCGACGCUCAUGCGCGACGUGCGGCGCGUGACGGGUGUACUGUUGGCUCGCCGGCCGCCUGCUGCGCAGAACACGACGGAGAAGAUCAACUAUCUCGUGCUCUCUCCGGGGUUCUUCAGCAUCGUGGCGGGGAGGGAUGAGACGGCGGAGGGCAUCGACAGGAAGUUGGCGCUGCUGUACUACGCAAGGUGGAAGUUCAUCUAUGAUCUGCUCCCGCUGUUGCAGAAUGCCGCGAAUGAUGGAGAGGAGGCGAGUGUGUAUUCGGUUCUGGGUGCUGGGACGGGGAGCGAGGUCGAUGUGGAUGAUUUGGGUCUGAAGAAGCAUUAUUCGGCGAUCAAGGCUGCAACGGUGUCUGCGAGUUAUACGGAUCUUGCCAUGGAGAAGCUCGCUGCGGACAACCCCGACAUUUCAUUCAACCAUGCGUUCCCUGGACUGGUUCGAACGCCCAUGAUGAUGCCCAAACACCCGCUUCUCAAGCCAUUUUCUCCCCUGAUCAAAUUGGCUGCUCAGCCUUUCACGGUUUCCGCCGAGACUUGUGCGGAAUACCAGCUAUCUGGGUUGUUCUCCUCAACACCCGGCUUUACUCGACGGGGAUCGAAAGGACAAGACAUUGGGUACUCGGUGGGAGAUCCCGCCGUCGUCCAAAAAUUAUGGGAGCAUACCCUGAGUGCAGUGGGGGCCUAAUUGAAGUCCUCUCUAUGUAGCUUUGCUGUGUUUCAAUUUUUUCAGAAGAUGCAUCAAAUCAGAGGCUCCUCUGAAAUCAGACUGCCCUCCUCAGUGAAUUGUUGAAUUGGUCGGGAAUAUGCCGGAUUGUGCGUCUGUAAAGGCCCUCGGACACUUCAUAUGAACAUCCU